UUCAUGGUCGGUCACUGUUUCUCACUUCAAAGUCGUAUAGCUGAAUCUCACCUUCCCAUCAAUGGCUACCAUACGGGUUAUAUUUUCAUCUACUCUCCUUUUCGCUUUAUCUUUUCCUUCUCUCAUCUCUCUCUUUUUUAUAUAAAUAUAAUCUCGCUCUGCAAAUUUCCACCAACUUUCAUUGACCAUGGCUGGCGAGUUUUCCAACUGCGUUGAGUACGGUCUCCAUUUGUCGAAGCGAAUUUACUAUGGCAAAGGAUCGGCGCCGGCGGCUUUAGGGCGGCAGAUGUCUAGAGUAUCGGAGGAUUACCUUCCGACGGCUCCGAUGGUGUAUGCCGUUAUACCGGACCCGACGAUUGUGGACAAUCCGGAUGUUCCGAGCUAUCAACCUUACGUGCACGGGCGCUGCGUACCACCGGUGUUGAUUCCGCUGCAUAUGAAUGGAGUUGCCAUGGAAAUCGAUUGUUGUUUCGAUACUGCGUUCAUUGGCGUUAGCGGAACGUGGCGCGUGCAUUGCGUGAUGGCGGGGAAAGGCUGUGAGUGCCUUAUUGCGGUACCAAUGGGAGAGCAGGGUUCACUUCUAGGUGUUGAAGUCGAUGUUAGUGGAACGUCAUAUCGCACUGAAUUAGUCUCCAUGGAAGACGCGGAAGCUAUACAGAAACUAGCAAAAUCUGAAGAUGGAAAGUUUCUGAAAGGGCGCCGGAUAUACACAUUAAAAAUCCCCAAGGUCGAUGGUGGCUGUACUCUUUCAGUUCGAAUCAAUUGGUCCCAGAGAAUACCAUACCUUGAUGAUCUCUUCUGUCUCAAUGUACCUUUCAAUUUUCCAGCAUAUUUAGUUCCUCCUGGGAAAAAAGUCAAGAAUAUUCAGAAGAUCUUAUUGCAUAUAAAUUCCGGUAUUUCAUCAGAAAUUGUAUGUAAACAUACAAGCCAUCCGAUGAAGAUACUAAGUCGAGAGGUUGGCAGCUUAAGUUUCUCAAAUGAGACAGAGGUCUCAGCAUGGUCAAAUAUAGAUUUCGAGCUUUCGUAUUCUAUUUCUCCUAGUGACUUGUUUGGGGGUGUUCUGCUCCAAUCGCCAUCUCUUCAUGAUUUUGAUCAAAGAGAGAUGUUUUGUCUGUACAUUUUCCCCGGCCAGAACCAGAACCGGAAGGUUUUCAGAAAGGAAGUAGUAUUUAUUAUUGACAUAAGUGGAAGCAUGAAGGGUGGUCCUCUCGAGAGUACAAAACGCGCAGUGCUCGCGUCAAUUUCGAAGUUGAAUCAUGAAGAUACAUUUAACAUUAUAGCGUUCAAUGGAGACACUAAAUUAUUUUCAUCAUCGAUGGAGCAAGCAACCAACGAAGCAAUUACUAGAGCAACAGAAUGGAUUGACGCUAAUCUAGUAGCUAAUGGUGGCACUAACAUCCUGCUUCCCGUGGAACAGGCUAUAAAGAUGUUGGCUGAAACUGGAAAUUCAAUUCCCCUCAUUUUUCUCAUUACAGAUGGCUCUGUUAAUAAUGAGAGAGAAAUAUGUAAUCUUGUGAAAGCUUCUUUGAAGAGUGGAAAGGCGAUCACUCCUCGUUUAUGUACUUUUGGUAUUGGUACAUAUUGCAACCAUUACUUCUUACAAAUGCUAUCAGAAAUUGGAAGGGGUGUGUACGAUGCUGCUUAUGAUGUAGAUUUGAUUGAUUCUCGGUUCCAGAUGUUAUUCACAAAAGCCUCAUCGCUCUUUCUCGCCAACAUCACCGUGGAUGCUUUCAAGCAUCUUGCUUCCCUUGAGUUGUUUCCAACUCAAAUUCCGGACCUUGCAUGUGGAAGCCCGUUGAUAGUAUCAGGCCGAUACAAUGGAAGGUUUCCAGAGUCGUUCAAAGUUAGUGGCAUCUUAGCGGAUAUGAGCGAUUCCGCAAUCCAUCUCAAAUCCCAAAGAGCUAAAGAACUGCUUCUUGAAAGGGUGCUUGCGAGAAGACAAAUUGAUAUAAUGACUUCACAUGCAUGGUUAUUGGAGAGCAAGGACCUAGAAGAUAAGAUUGCUUGUAUGAGCAAACAAACUGGGUUUCCGUCCGAGUAUACACGUUUGAUUCUAAUGCUGACCAAGGAAGGGAAAAAGGCUCCACCAUCCAUCAUCGUACAGGAGAUGCGCAAGAGAAUGGACAUGUGGAAGUCGAAUAAGGUAGAAUGGAAGGGGCAAGAGAUCGUUUUAUUGGGGAACCAAGGCGUUGGAUUUGGGAACCUGACCGCAACCGCGGAGAAUGCGCAGCCAGGAAAGGAAAUAAAGGCAACUCAAGCAACAGAUUUGUUGGUGAAAGCCGCUACAAAUUGCUGUGGGCGACUGAUAGACCGGUUCUGUUGCAUGUGUUUCAUAAAGUCUUGUAUGUACAUGAAUGACAGGUGCGUCGUGGCUUUUACACAACUCUCCGCCGCUCUUGCCUGCUGUGAGAUCUUUAAUUGCUGCUUUGAAUUAUGUGAAUGUGAUUGCUUCUAAUGUUAAUACUACUUUAUAUCAUAUUUAUAAGGUGAAAUAUUGAGGUCUUGUUUUGUUUA